CUCAGGUAUCCAGGUGAGAUCUGGAUAUGUGAACCGCAAAUUGCUCGCGUGCCACGGUUCGUGGUCAGUGGCCGUGGCCGUGGCAGUGGCAAGUGGAACAAUACGUCUCGCCAGCCGGUGAUCGGCGACCCACGAUAUCCCCCAUGUGGGGAGCCGAAGUGAGGAGAUGAAGAGGUCCGUGGAAGAAAAGACUCCCAGCACGGCAGCACCAGACCGGCAGGUCGCCAGCAUUCCAGGGAUGCCUGACAUCCCCUGUCCGGUCCAUUCCCACUUUGACAGUUGCAGCAGAGUCUGUCCAGGUCUGGCUCUGAUGAAGAAAGGUUUGUGUCCGUGGCUUGGCAAACUCAAUCCGAUCCCUAUAACUGCUGUUCCCCGUCACUGGCGUCGCUGCAACUUUUUUGAUCUUGACUCUUCACUUCGUCGCUUUUCUGUCAGCGCGCUCAUAACGAGGCCAUGGUCACCAAGGCAUCACCUACGGCCGUCUCGGCCAACUCCGGGGCGGAGGAAGCUGGACUCGCGGAUCCGGGGGAUACACAACUGCUGGCCAAACUCGGCUACAAGCAGGAGCUCCGUCGUCAGUAUUCCACCGUACAAAUUUUCGCCGUUGCCUUCAGUAUUAUGGGACUGGUGCCGUCGAUCGCAUCGACCAUUGCGUUUUCCUUACCGGCGGGGCCUGCGGGCAUGAUUUGGGGUUGGUUUACUGCAAGCAUCUUGAUCUUCUUUGUUGGAUUGGCCUUGGCCGACAUGGCAUCGGCCAUGCCCACGGCGGGUGGGCUAUACUGGUGGACGCACUAUUUUGCCGGGCAAAAGUACAAGAAUGCGUUGAGUUUCCUGGUGGGAUACAGCAACACCCUGGGAUUGAUCGGUGGGAUGUGCUCUGUGGAUUACACUCUCUCGCUCAUGAUCCUCGCCUGCGUCUCUAUUGCCCGCGAUGGCGACUAUUCCGCCUCAAACGGCACCAUCUACGGCGUGUAUGUCGGCCUGAUUCUUGUCCAUGCCCUCUGCGGCAUCUUCUCGGGCCCUAUCAUGCCGCGCAUUCAGACCUUUUGCAUCUACAUCAACAUUGCCAUCAUUAUCGCCACUGUGAUCGCUCUUCCCGUGGGCAAGGUGUCCCGCGGGGAAUCUCUCAACCCAGGCUCAUAUGUCUUCGGACACGUGGAUAACGAUACCUCGUGGCCGACAGGAUGGACCUUCAUCCUGGCCUUCUUGGCGCCGAUCUGGUCGAUCGGAUUCUUCGACUCGUGCGUGCACAUGAGCGAGGAGGCGCUGCAUGCGGCCAAGGCGGUUCCCCUGGGGAUUAUCUGGUCCUCGGGAUGCGCGUGCGUGCUGGGGUUCCUGGUGCUGAGUAUCUUGGCCGCUGUGAUGAACCAGGAUGUGGAUGCGACGAUCAAUACGGUAUUUGGACAGCCGAUGGCGCAGAUCUAUUAUGAUGCGCUGGGCAAAAAGGGGGCGCUAGGGUUUAUGGGCGUGCUGAUCGUCAUUCAGUUCCUGAUCGGGCUGAGCUUGAUCGUCGCCGCCUCUCGACAGGCAUGGGCGUUUUCCCGCGACGGCGCAUUGCCUUUUUCCAACUACUUUCGCCACGUCAGCCGGCGGAUUCGUUACCAGCCCGUGCGGGCCAUUGUCGGUCUCGUGGUGGUAUGCAUUAUCUUCGGCCUGCUGUGCCUGAUCAACUCGGUGGCAGCGAACGCGCUGUUCUCGCUGUUCGUAGCGAGCAACUAUGUCGCAUGGGGCACCCCGAUCCUCUGUCGUCUGAUCUGGGGGAAGGAGCGCUUCCGUCCGGGCGAGUUCUACACAGGAUGGCUGAGUCGGCCGAUCGCGAUCGUGGCCGUGAUCUGGCUGGUAUUCGGCUUGAUUCUGUCGAUGUUCCCGAGCACGGGACCGAACCCGAGUGCGUCGGAAAUGAACUACACGAUCGUGAUCAACGGGUUCGUGUGGAUUGCCUGCAUGACGUACUACUUCCUAUUCGCACGGAAAUGGUACACGGGGCCGAAGAUGACCGUGGAUGGAGUCGAGGGGGAUACCACCGACACCGAGUCGGGGAAGAGCGACGAUGCAUCUACCGUUCGAUAAGAAGUAUAGUAGCAUAGCAUGAUAUAACAUAGACUGAGCUAUCAUG